AUGGCAGUCGGACAGUCCGACGGCAAUGGCGCAACGAACGGCACGAAUGGCCACACCGCUCAAGUAGGCUUCGACAUGCGCGGCUUGACCCCCGCCCGAGUCACUCCUUUCACGGAGACCGGAGAUGUCGACUAUGAAGCCAUCCAGCGCCUUGGAUCCUGGCUCGGAAGCAUCGAUGGCGUCAAAGGCUUAGUCGUUCUUGGCCACGCUGGCGAGGGAACGUUCCUGACACAGAACGAACAAGUCGAUGUCAUCAAGGCGUUUGUCAAGUCCGUGGACGACAAAAUCCCGAUCAUCGCAGGCAUUACUGGCGAGGGUACCGAGGUGGCUGCCGAGGAGGCGAAACGUGCGAAAGAUGCUGGUGCCAAAGCUGGGCUUCUCUAUCCGUCUCACGGGUGGUUGAGGUUUGGGUAUCAACCUGGUGCUCCACAAGAUCGUUACCGCAGGAUCUACGAGUACAGCGGUCUACCAUUGAUCCUCUUCCAAUACCCCGACAACACCCAUGCCACGUAUAGCCUGCAGACCAUGCUCGACAUUGCAGCUCUACCCGGUGUAUUUGCCAUGAAGAACGGCGUACGAAAUAUGCGAAGAUGGGACACCGAGAUCCCCAUCAUUCGUGCUGAACGGCCAGAUCUCCAGAUCUUGACCUGCCACGAUGAAUACCUCCUCCACACCGCCUUCGAUGUCGACGGCAUGCUGGUAGGCUUCGGCAACAUCGCGCCCGAAGCUCUCAUUGAGAUGAUCGAUGCCGGCAAGGCCAAAGACUACCCUCGUGCUCGGGCUAUCCACGACAAGCUCCUACCAGUGACAAAGAGCGUCUACCAUCGCGGCUCGCACAUGGAAGGUACUGUGGCCCUGAAGCACGCUCUCGUCGCGCGCGGCAUCCUCAACCACGCCACAGUACGGUCGCCAUUGUUGCCGUUGCCUGAAGGGGCCGACGCUGAGAUUCAUGCUGCCGUGAAGCAAUCGAGACUGUCCAAGGUGGCUUGA